GAGCUAAUUCUAGUCAGGUGAGAUCACAGCAAACCAACCAAGUGAGUCAGGACUGUUUGGAGGAGUCCAGUUCUGUGCAGUGAAGUAUUUCUAAUCAUGUCUGCUGUGAUUUAGGUGUAAAGAUGUCCUACAAGGUGAACUACUCUCCUCUCCUCCUGCGUGCACACACACCACCACGUACUCAGCCGGGCCAUAAAGUGUGUGACGUAGCCUACGGCUCCAGUAUGAAAGGGCAAACUCUGCUCAGUCAGGCGGACAGUGCAGUGCUGUGUGGGUCAAAUCCACCUGAUGACAGCAGCCCGGCUCUGAAAAAAGCUCACCUGUGGCCACACGGUGCAGAACAAACCUCUGGGAUGGAGAGGCUGCUGAAGAAAUGUCAGAUCAGAAACCAACUGGUCAGGGAGUGCAUGGCUGAAUGCCUCGGAGUCUACGUCCUGAUUCUGUUUGGAUGUGGCUCCGUUGCCCAGGUGACCACAUCUGGAGAUAAGAAGGGGCAGUACCUGUCGAUCAAUCUGGGCUUUGCUCUGGGAGUGACAUUUGGGGUCUUUGUGUCUCGUGGAGUCUCAGGUGCCCAUCUGAACCCUGCUGUGUCUCUGAGCCUGUGCGUCCUGGGCAGACAUCCCUGGAUCAAGCUGCCUUUCUACGUCUUCUUCCAAGUGCUUGGAGGCUUUCUGGCUGCAGCCACGGUCGGCCUGCAGUACUACGACGCCAUCCGGGCGUACAGCGGAGGUGACCUGACAGCGACGGGUCCCACUGCCACAGCGGGCAUAUUCGCCACCUAUCCAGCCGACUACCUCAGUGUGUGGGGAGGAGUCAUGGACCAGGUGAUAGGCACUGCCGCCCUGCUGCUGUGUGUCCUGGCUCUGGGGGACCAGAAGAACAGCUCCGUCCCUGAUUGUCUCCAGCCUGUAAUGGUGGGAGGGGCAGUGCUGGUCAUCGGCAUCUCGAUGGGCUCCAACAGCGGCUACGCCCUCAACCCGGCCAGGGAUUUUGGACCCCGAUUGUUCACGUACAUCGCCGGCUGGGGAGCGGAUGUUUUCAAGGCUGGUGGUGGUUGGUGGUGGGUUCCCAUAGUGGCUCCUUGUGUCGGGGCGCUGCUGGGAACGCUGAUCUACGAGCUAAUGGUUGAAGUGCACCAUCCUCUCAGUCCGUCUGAGCUCCAGACGUCAUGUCAGGAGGCCACCGAGGGCAAGCCGGGGCUGGAGCUGGAGGGGGUGAAGCCAGACUGUGGAAAACCCACUUCGUAGUAAAUGAAGCCAUGUUAAAGAGGAAAACACUGUCACUUAUGCAGUAAAUGCUAUUUAUGGUGUGAUACCCGUUGAUGCUGUCUUUGUAAUGUUUGAUAAUAUGAAUUCUAGGUGAAUGCAAUAUGAAUAUAAUGAAGUUGAAGCAGCAGUGGGUAGAAACGGAGCAAAUGUGAUUAAAAAAAGUUAUUUUCAUA